UCUUCGCGCCCUUCCACAUGCCUAUAGCAUGUAUAAGGCGAAGGCUGAAUUUGUAGAUGGACAAAGUCAUUCCGUUUGGCUGAAUACUACAAGGUCGUUUAAACUCAGCUUACUUACUUUCUUACUUCACAGAAACAAUAUGCUACAAGGUAUAAGAAUUAAUACAGGCGGCCUCAUAUUCUGCCUUGUUCUUCUGUAUAUUCAAGAAACGCAUUCAUGGACGGUGCAGCACAAUGACAGUGUAUGUAUGGUUAUGACCUUCAAUGCCAGUAUCGUAUUCAACGAAGAUGGAUUUGACAAUUCGACAUUCAUUCCACUGCACGCCGUGAGCGAUGGCUCAAUAUGCGGGUCCUCAUUCUCUAUCUUCCAUCUCGAAUACGAUCUCGACGAUGACCACGAAGUAACCUUGUCGUUUGGAUUCAACAAGACGAAAUCGGAAUGGAUGAUGACGAAAAUUGAAACAGAACUCUUCAACAAAAACACUUCCAACAGCUACGUGCAUUCAACAAAGGAUGGGUAUGAAGAGUUCCAUACACCUCUGGGUCACUAUGUGCGCUGUGAGUCCCAUAUUCUGAUUGAAGACGUUUCGCUAACCUUCGAAGGCGUUGAAAUAAUGCAACCAUUUGCGACCAGCGAAGACCCGGGUGAAGACCACGAGUGCGAGGCGGAUGACGAACCCCAUGAUUCCAAAACUGGACUCAUCGUAGGUUGCGUGCUUGCUGGAAGUGCGGUGGCCUUCGUUUCCUGCUGUAUCUGCAGCCGCAUGCGCAGUAGGCGACACGACAGAUACCGUCGUUCGCCACACUACGUCAGAUAGAAGAAUGUUUAUCGAUGCAGUCACAUCGGCGAGCUCUAGUCCAGACCUACGACAGCUAUUGGUAUUGAAAAUAGCAGACUGUCGGUUUGGAGUCGGUCUCGUUGGUGUGACUGUAUAAAAAUGGACAAAUUCGCGUUGCGCACGAGCCUCCUUUUGAUGCCUUGCGCCAUUCGGUGAAUGGCUGAUGUAUUGAUACUGUUGACUUAAGAAUACGUCGAUUGAUUGGUUUACAUUGUUGCUGCUAACAGUUGAAAUAGUGCCAGACACCAGCUAAAUAUGAAGUACCUACGCCACAUAACUAUAAUCGAAAAGUCCCUAAUAUGUGACAUCGUUUUGCGUCAGUCAAAUCAAGGCUCGUGCGAAUAUUAAUGAAACCAAAAGUUAGCCUUUCACUUGAAAUGCUUUCAUGCCGGCCUAUGCUUAUUGGAAUACUAUUCAAGACGUGUUUAUGAAAUCCUUUUCAUCACUAAAUGUUCUCGAAAUCCCUGAAUUAUGUUGAUAAACACAGAUCGAUAGAAACUAUAGUAAACUAUAGUAAACUAUCGGUCUUGGUGUCUGUACUGCGCUCUGGUUUUUGAUUUAAUAUUAAAGCCUGGUACUUGGCAUCUAGUCAUUCAAUAGAAAAAAAGAAAUACUGCAAAAUAAGUAACAAUUAAACAAUUACUCCGGUGAUUCACUGAAUAAAUGUCCCCUAAAGAAGUAAGAUAGAAUUAUUAUGAGUUUCUUUACGAUUUUCGUUAAUACUAUCUAUGCAGAGUUGUGAUCAGUAAAUGAGUCCUACUUACUAUUCAAUAUCUUUAAAUACCAGAAGAGGAAAAGAAAUUAAGCCGCCUUGUACAAUCAAUAUUAUUUGAAUAAUUUCAAUGAAAACAAUCAAAGUGGUGCUACAGGUGGGGAGGGGGCAAGAAAGGGGCAUCGAUCCAAUUUUGGGAUUUGGGAGCAAACGUGAAAAUUGUCUCAUAUAAAAAUCUACAAUUUUGGACGCGAAGCAUACCCCAAAAUCAUAAUGUUGUAUAUUUGAUAGUUCUUGUAUGCCAACUUAAGUUUAGCUUUUUAAAGUGAUUUCCAAUGCCAUUUACAACAUAUUUUUGCAUUGAAAAUUAUGCAUUUUUCGAGUUGUCAAAGUGAUUUCCGCGGGAGUAUCGGGGAGAGUAUCGCCCCGCCCCUGACCCCAGGAUCGACGCCCCAGUAGCAGGAGUGAAAAGGUAUGGUCGUGGACAUUUGCACUAUCCCUCUAACUUAAAGUCUUCUUACCCCCUAAAAAUAAUAUGAUACCGCCCGUGAAAUCAAGCACCUAAUGUACAACUGCAGUUUAUAUUACCAACAUGAAAUGAAAAAAGCACCCUGUACUGCAAUAUCGCUGAUCAAUUUCUCAUUUCUGUUGUACAAAUAAAAGCUGAUUUGUAUCUUGUA